UGAAAAAUGGCGGCCGAAAACACAGUGACGAGCAGCCUGGACCGCUUUAGCGAAUUAAAAGAAGUAACUACAUUAAUUGAAUCUAUAAGAGCUAUUUGCCAUGAUGAAAUAUUACUAGAAGCUGCCGAGGAACGUUUAACUGGUUAGUGUAUGUGUGUGUUUCCCGAUUUCUUGCUAUUGAUAUAUUGCUGUCAUAACAUUUUCUACCUGAAAGGCGUAUUAGCUCCUUAAAUAAUGCUUAUCUAAGGGAUUUUGAAAAUAAUAAAAAUAAUGAAAUGUUGUCCUUGUAAAAAGGAAAAGAGGUAAAAGUACAUUUACUUUCUACAAAAGUGCAGUAGAGCAAUUUUUGUGUGAUAAAUUUCUAAUUUUUUGUAAGCUGAGUUCACACCCUAUAUUGAUAACUGGAAUAAAUGAUUUCACCUUUUGUAGCUUAAGCGGCAGCUAAAGUAGCCCAUAUUUGUUAAGCGCAAUGGGAUUUGUACACUUAAUAUAUCGAUGUGAAUUGUGAAUCUCAGAAUCAUUCUUCUGUGCACAUUUUCUAGCUUUAUAGAGAGAAGACCUAAUUACCCAGCUAAUCAACACUGCAAAGUCAUUGAUCCUCCAAGCGAGGGUGGGGGUGCUUAAGCUUAAAAACAGUGUUUUUAUUUCUAUUUUUUUGCUGCAGUUAUAUUAAAUAAGUAUCAAGAACAGCCUCAAUUGCUAGAUCCCCAUUUAGGUAAGUCCUCUUUACUUUCUUUCAAUGGUGUUUAUGCUGUAACUUGUGCCUUCUAGUUACAUUUGCUAAAAUUUUAUUGUACAGUUAUGUGCUAUUAAUUUAUCACAGUUUACUGCUUUAAAUUUUUAUUACAUAUAAAAUUUUAAGUCCAAAUCUUUUCAGAUCGCCUGGUAGAAAAAUUGCAGGAAAUAGUACGAGACUCCUCUAAUCCUACAAAAGUGAAUCGCCAGGCCUUUAAAUAUCUGUAUCUCAUAACUAAGGUUUGUUUUCAAUGAUUUUCUAUAAAUGAUGUAUAUUGUGUAUGACACUGUGUAGCAGCUCUCUAUAAUUUGAAUACCAUUUAGUGUCCUUUUUAUAGAGAUAUCCUCAUAUUUAUAAGGGGGUGAUUAAAAAACAGGGCUGAAAAACAGCAGGUUCUGCACCCCUGCCUGUCUAUUUUAGUGAGUUGUCUUUCUUGUGUACUCAUGUCUAAAGAGGGAGAAUACAGUGUAUUAGGUGCUGGGACUCAAAAUUUGCACUCUAAACUCCCAGUGGUGUGGUUUUCAGAAGUCAUGAGUGAAAAGAAUAAUUGACAUCCUUUAGCAAACAUUUUGAAUCAUUAGCCUUACUCCAGUAUAGAUUUGAAAAAGAGAUGGUAAAUGUUGAAGAAAAUCGGGACAAAAAAUAACCAUAAAUUCUUCAACAGAAGAAAACGUUUUCCAUUUGAAAUAAGCCUCAGUUGUCAAUGUCUUGUUAUAUUAAAGCUACCGACAUGUACAUUUUAGCUGCACAUUAAUUUGCACUUCACUGGCCUCAUGCAGAAAAUGACUUUACAUUUUUUUUAAAUAUUAAUUUUCGGAUUCUUCCUUCAACAUGAUUGAAGAAAAUUCUCUCCACUUUUUUGGCAGUCUCUGAACCUUGACAAUGAGAAAUAACUAGUGAAUUUGCAACUUUUGCAAAGUUUUGUCAGUGGACUGAAAAAGUGAGUUCAGGCUCUUAAUGCCCCUCUUUGGAGCAAAAAUGUUCAGUGUAAAUUACAUGAACUGUUACUCUAAGUUUUACAAAUUGAAUUACAUUUAUGCACAGGUCAGAGGCCCAAAAUAUGUUGUACGGCUUUUUGCUCAUGAAGUUGCUGAUGUUGAGCCAGUUCUUGGAAUGCUGGCACAGCAAAAUCCACAGGAUCAUGAGGUAUAUAAUUAUUCUGUCUGGCAGUUGACAGUUUUUCUUCAGCCUAUUAUAAUAGCCCCUUCUUGAAUGAUCUUUUUUUUUAAUGAUCUUAAGCUUCCUUUCCAUGUCUCAGUUGUUCAAAUGUUGGACAGUGCUAUCCACCAGAUAAAUCACUGUCUAAUGGAUAAGCAUAAUUUAUUGAAACCAAUUGUGUUAUUCAGUGGAUAGAGAUUUAUGCAGUGGAUAGCUUUAUCCUUCUUUCUAACAACUGGGACCAGGUAGCAACAAUCUAUGACAUUAGAACUUGGGUCAAUUGAAGGAAUAACAUUGACAUGUUGUGCUCCUUUUUCCUUUCCUCUCUAUGUUGGCCUCGAACUUGAACAAUUCCAUCAAAAACCUAUUACAAGAUAACAUUGGAAGAGAGAAAGACAAGUGUCAGAGCAGUGUGUGACCCAAGUUGAGUGUCACUGAUUGUAGCUUACUAUGAGCUAACCCUUUUUCAGAUGAAUAAUCAUCUAAUAUUUGCUCUUUGCUUUAAAUACCGUUUUGAAGGGCAGUGCAGUAAUGUCAAUGCUGGCCUUGCUUUAUGUAUUCUACUUAUCAUAGCUCUCAGUUCUAUAUUUUGUAGAGGAUUGCAUUCCUAUUCCCAGCUUUUCCAGUAUUAGCCCCUACCUUGAUUAACUCGGCAACGAUGUCAAAAGCAAAUAACUUUUUUGUACUGAUUAUUCAUUUAGGGUUCAAUUCUGCUCCCUCAAAGAGAGUUCAUCUAACUUUUGUUUAUUGUAUGAGGUACUGAUAGCUUUGCCUUUUUGUUUCAUAGACCUGGGAGACAAGAUAUGUCCUGUUGUUAUGGCUGUCAAUUGUUUGUAUGAUACCCUUUGAUAUGGUUCGCUUUGAUGGUCUCAAGGAAGUAACUACUGGUAUAGUUGAACGACGCAGGCCAGUUGUGGAGAGAAUCCUUGAAACAGCAAAGGUUUAAAUUGAUAAAAAAGUUCUGCGUAGUCUGCUCAUGAUAGAAUUCCAAUCAUGUUAAAAUAUAGUAGAUGAAUUAAUAUUAAUAUUAGUACAACCGGCCAUUGUACAAAAUAAUUUCAUUGCACAUUGUAAUUUCAUUUUGUGUAUAUUUUAGAGACAUUUUUUAACAUGAUUCCAAUCCAUGGACUCCCCAAGUGCUAGUUGGGUCACAAACAAAUAUUUAAAGUGCCUGUUGUCGCUACUGCCUCAGCUUUUUCCACAAUUGCCAUAUAAAUAUAAAAAAAAACUCAUUGUCGAUCCUUAGGCAUGCGCCCUUCCUGGCUACCACCCACCCUGCUUUAAAUUUAGAUGAUUUCCAAUGCUGCACUGGAAUGCAGCAUGAAUGGCACAUGCAUUAAGUCAGUGCUUGUUCUUUUUAUUUUGUAUCCCAAUUUUUAGGUGUAUUUGUCAGUUCCUGACAAGUCAAGAGAUGCUGCAGCCUUAGUAAUUUCAAAGUAAGCAGUUUUUAAAUACUUUAUAAAUUCUUUAAAGAUCAGUAUUGGUAGUAUUUGAGUCACAUGACUUUGCGCACAUCUGUACACCCCAAUGAAGCAAAUCAGUUGGGUAAAGGAAGUACAGAUUCUACUGGCAUAUUUUAUCUUCAUUGUUGUAGCUGGAAAUGUCUUCACAACAGCUGGCACUCUUUAAACUUCAAGGUCACAUGACAUCUAACAAUGAAACUCAAAAUCUCUGAGCGGGCAAAUUUGCGAAAUCUAUGACAUCAGAGGGUAAUAGUGCAAUGUUACCUGUGAAGAUGACCCAUGAUCAUUACAGCGAGACUGGUUUCAUUAAUUCCCAGCAUCAAAAUUUCCAGCUAAUUUUAUAACAAAUCACUUAAAGACUGGUCCCUUACAAAACAGUUAGUUUUGUUUCCCUUGAAUCUCAUUCUCAUUGUUUCCUUUCGCAUUGUCUUGGCAAACAUUGAGAUUCUUGGGAAACAAAAUUAACUGUUUCCUUCAUUAAGUGUUUAAUGUUGAGUAAUAAUUUCAUUAAAAUGCUUAUUUUUAGCUGAAAUUGUGGUGCUAAUUUUAAGCUGGGCUCUUAUUUGAGGGAGAAUGGGGUGGGAUGGGGGCUAGUUUUGUUUUUCAAAAUUAUUGUAUUUAGAUAUUGUCCUUAAGGCAAAUCAAAAACUUUCCCUGUGUUUUGUCACUUUUCUCUAGCACUGUAAGAGAACCCAUUUCUUCAACAUCCAGUAGAGUCAAGUCCUAAAAUUAAUGGGGAAUUCUCUUUAGUGUCAAUAAGGAGGAUUAAGCUGGGGGAAUUAUUUUGAAGGAGGCUCUUAUUGAAGCUAUAAAGCACUAAUUUGCAAGUUUUUACCUGGCCGUAUACAAGAUAAAAGAUGGAUAAACUUGUAUGUGAGCCACACAUACAUGUGGCAAAGCAUACUAGUACCGUCCUGAGUAAUAAAUGUUAUCUCUGAAUAUUUUCUACAAUCAACUGGAUUGCUUAUUUAUUUGGCGUCCUUAAGGCACAGGAAAAAGUGGACAAAGAAAAAGUAAUAAUUAUUUUAAAAAUUCUCUUAUUCCCAUUUAGUUUUACAGUACAUUAGAGGACAUACUGGUACAUGUACAUUGUCUAAUUAUAUUACUAGUAACUCAGGGGCAGAUCUAGGGGGAGGGUGCAGGGGGUACUAUGUGGUUUAUUGGUGUUGAAGUAGAGCAAGAGACGAGUGCACCCCCUCCUAAAAAAAAUCCUGGAUCCGCCCCUACAUAAACUGUAGUGAUAACUUUCUUUUGCUGGACUGUCAUACCCCUUUUUUGUUGCACAUUCGCUAUUCUCAACACAUUAAGGAAAGCUAAUGAAAUAUUGUGCCAUACAAACACUGAUUCUCAACCUGUUAUAUUAAUUUUCCCUUUCUUACAAGAUUUGUAACAAGACCAGAUGUAAAAAAAGAGAAGCUUGCUGAAUACCUGGAUUGGUCCUUGAUGACUAUGGACAAAGCAAACAGUUUGUGCAAACACUUGUCAAUUGAUUAUUGAUUCGUGGAUAACUUAAAUGUUUUCAGUAUAAAAAGACGCGGGGAUCCACCUUUAGUCAAUUGCUGUUUGUAGUAUACUGGGCUGUCAUUAAAGAGGCAGAGGCCAGGAUUUCCCCUUGCUACUAUGAACAUGGCCCCCAGCUAUGUUCAUAGGAAAAUAGAAGAAAAAUAUAACAAAAAGAAAUCCCUAGCUGUUUUACCUCACCUACUUGUUGUAUUUACCAGGCAACUUGAAAUUUUAGUGGCAUCCCUGAGUAUAAUUAUUACAUGUACCUGUACAGACAGUAUGUUAAUGCAUUUACUGCUAGUCAAGCUGGAACUCUCAUUAUCCUAGUUGCACAAGCUGAAACUAAAGUAAACAAUAUUCAAGAACUUAAUGAGAUAAAACUCAGGGUGGGAAAAAAUAGAAAUAUUAAUUGCUUGUUGUUUUACAAUGCUGUUUUAUAUUUUCUGUAUGUUGCUAAUAAACAGGAGAAACAAUGAAUGGGAUGCUACUUCUAACUGGAAUUUUAACAACACUGGUAAGAGUUACAAAUUUUGUAUUUAAUAUUGUUUAAUUAAAUUAAUUUAUUUAUUUUUGCAUUUGUACAUAUAUGGAGCUUGCAAAUACUUCUAUGAGGGCCCCAGUGGGGUAUAUAUGCCAAAUGUUGGUACUUAUUAGUAGGCAACUGAAAGAAAGUCCCUCUUUAAUUAUACUCAGCAACAAAUUUAUGAAUCAGUGAAUAGAAAGUGUUUUCAGUACAAUCAUUUAUCACAGAUCUGAGACACCUAAGAUGUAGACCAUUCAGUUUGAGUUCUUCUUUGUCAUGUGGCAUGACGAAAAAACAAAAAGUUAAAUAGGAAAUUUGGUUUAAGAGUUGGCUUUUCCAUAUUGCUUGAACACAGAUUUUUUGCUCAGAGUACAAUGGUGCUGGUACCCAGCUGCUGGCUUCCAAUGAACACUUUAUUAAUGGAUGGAUAUACUUAACAACAUCAGUGGACUGGAAACUCUAGUUUCCUUUUUUACAGCAGUGUCUGUCAAAGGGGAACUGACUGAUCUUGCUUGUUUUAUGUUGUCAACAUUCUUGAAUAACAUUUCUUUUUAUGUUCUUUUUUCAGGCCUUGCUCUUUAAACAUGGCAAAAGGGAAGACCUAAUACAAUAUGGUUAGUACAUGUACAUGGAAAUGUAUUUUGAAACUGUAAUUAUCCUAUGAUAAUAAUGCAAACACAAAACUUUGCGACACUUCACAGAGCUGAGAGAACACUAAAACUGACAUAAAAAUAAAAAAGGCUCUAUCUUAUCUUCCAUACACUACCACAGUUAACCUUCAGAACAUUUUAGUGAUACACUUAAAAGAUUUAAGUACAAUAAUUGUUGUACAUAAACAUUUAAUUUGUUAAACUGAUAAAUACAUUGUUUUAAAUACCUUUUAAUACUUCGAUUUGAAUACCUUUUAGCCCCCGUAGUUUUAAAGCAAACAGUUGCUCGUGAAAUAUCAAGCACGAAUAACACCUUGCUGAGGAAACUGAACAUCAAACUUAUACAGGUACUGUGGACGAUUUACUUUCAAAAAAGAUUCACUUUGUUGGGGUGACAAUUAUUGGUAACUCAUCCCGUGGCUCACAUGGUGGCCGACAAAUACUGAAGCCUGAUAGAAACCAAUAUAUAAUUGAGAUAAACAUAACAACUGGCCAGAGGCGAACCAGUUGGCUAUUUUACAAGCAUGUCCGAGAAGUUGACCUCGGGACUACCAAGAACAAUUCCAGCAAGAGGUUAGGGUCGGGACUGACCUUGGGGCUUCCAGAUUGUAAUACCAGCGCUCUAACGCUCAACCACGCUGCCUGCAUGCAGACUUCUCCCCCAGAUCUUUUUUUUUGGUAAAUUGAUGAAUCCAGACCUUGGGAUGUCAGCUGGAGGCUCAUUCAUGAACAAAAAAACUUUUUUGGCCCUGUGGGCCGACCCUCUUUCAGUUAAAACAUGAUAAUGGAAGUGGGCACUUCAGGUACCUCCCAUUAAUCCACUACUGUUAUAUAAAGGCGUUUAUAGUGUUGAGAACUUUUUGUGACUCUGGGAAGGGAUCUUUAAGCCAAAAUCCAAACAAAGUAGUUAACCUGGAGUCUUAUUGGGAAUGCGGUAGCUCGAACUCUACAGGGAAACGAAAAUCAGUUCAAGUUAGCGGGGGCUCGAGUUAUCGCGGUCAAUUGCAAAAUUCAAUUGGCCAUAAGAAAAAUUGAUAGUUAGCGAUUUUUCAGCACUUAAGUGCAAAGUGCAGUGCAAAUUAAACCUUAUUUCAUCAGAAACGGUGACAUGAUUAGGCUUUUUUUUUUUAUGAUAAAACGUGAUCUGUUCGUUGCACCAAUUAAAUCGAUUUAUAGUGUUGACCAGUGUUAGUUUUAGUGUUUUCACCGAUUAUACAGAAAGAAAAGCUAAUCGGAUGGCAUCCAAGUAGAUUUACAAGAACCAGAAUUCGAGUUAUCGGGAUAAAUUUGAGUGACUACUAGAGGGAAAUGAAAUGUAGUUCGAGUUAGCGAGGAAUUCGAAUUAUCCGAGUUCGAGUUAACCGAGUAAAAAUGACUGAAAAGUGGGAUGAAAUCCAGGGGAAAUUAGACUUAGUUCGAGGUAGCGGAGAGUUCGAGUUAUAGGGGUUCUAUUGUAAGUUGAAAUAUUUGCUGUAUUUCUUUCCUGCAGCGACUUGGCCUGACCUUUUUGAAACCGAGAGUGGCAUCUUGGAGGUAAGCUUAUGUUCAUUUCCUAAAUGUGAUUUUUUUUUUGUCUUGUGCUUUGUUUGCGGCACAAACGGACUCAAGGUUUCUCACCUCAGUGUUCGAUCUCUUAAAAAUAGCGAACAUCUUACGGGAUCUUAAAAAGACUUUACCAAGUGGGUUUCAACAAAUGUGGUUUAGCUUGCAGUUAAAGAAACCUAGAUCAGUGAUGAUUUGUGUGGCCUACAGGCCUCCGAGCUGUCCCUGAAAGUGGUGUGUUAUUCUGAGGCGUUUAUCUAACGGGCGUUGCUACUUCGAAAGGAUAUAAUAAUCGCAGAUGAUCUUUACUGCAACCUACUGGUCAACUGGCCGGGGUUACAAGUUUAUUCAGUCGCCGACGUGUUAAUUGUUUCAUGUACUAGGCUGAAGGAACGAAGAAUAUUUACGCAAAAUGUUUCCUUGUUCAAACGCAAGCUUUACUUGAAGUGAUCGAAAUUUUUGUGGAAUUUCACUGCUUGAGUUUGUAUCGAAGCGACUUGUAUUGAAAAGACCAGUUACCGUCCACUACCCUAAAUCCUGCGCAUUAACUGUGUUCGGGAGUUUGAUGGGUCUGUCUCAGCUUAUCCCACUAUUUUGACGUUACCCUAUAGUCCCUAAUAUUGGUCUAGUACGGCACAGCGAUGUCCUUACUACUACCUUACUUCUUGUUCACUGCACUCUCUGUUUGAAAAUACCAAUUCCCAAGCCAAGUGUUAUAACCACCAGGAGCUGUAAGAAUUUUGAUCUUGAAAGUUUCAAUGCAGAUAUCUCCAAGUUCCCUGGAACACACCCAGUGUUUUUGAUCUUGUUGACGAUAAAGUGGAAUGUUUCAAUAAGUUGUCCCUGGAACUGUUAGAUGAGCAUGCACCUAUUAAGACUUUUAAGAUCAGACACAAGUCUAGUCCAGAAAUUACGCCCGAGAUUAUGCGGGAGUGAAACGAGAAACUCAAACUUGCGCGUUGGACUGGUCGUUAUGGUGACUGGAAUAUCUUUAGAACAUUACGCCAGGUUGUCAAGUCAGAUCCGUAAAGCGGAAAUUUUCAGAAUGAAAUAUCCUCAAACAAGGGAAACACGUCGUCAAUUUGGAAGAAUCAUCCGUCAAUGUCUGUCAUCUUCCAGAGGUUCAAACCUUACUUAAUGACUUUACAAACAACACUAAAAAAGAACCUUUCAGUUUUUCAAAGACUUUGAAAAACUUUUAGGCUAAUAAGUUUUCAAAAACCACAAUAGCAAACCGUUUCAAUCUUCUUCAAGUUUGUCCGUCUGUGCCUCCUUUGUAUUUGCUGUGGUGCUUCUACUUCCUUUUCAUAAUUUGAGCAGCUUAUGUUUCACUCAAUUUGGUAGCGAUUCCCAUUGUGGGUGGACCUCAGUCAGAAAGUAGUUCAUUAGUAAUGAAUUUAAGAAACCGUUUUCUCUUUGUAUGUGUUAUUUCUAACCAGAUAUCAAAGGGGAAGUCGUUCCCUGAUGUACAACUUGGAAAAUCCAUUUUCUCAACAACAGGUAGUCGCGAAACAUGUAUCAAGUGUUGUAUAUAACAGUCAUAUUUCUCGCAGAGAGACGUCUAUGUGUCAUUCGCCUUUGAACCGCAAAAUAUUUGUAGACAGGGGGGGGAGGAAAACAAAUCAUUGGGUGGCAGUAAGUUGAUCCUAAUCUGAUAGAACAACAGUCAGACUAACGCUGGCAUGAACCUUGUAUGUGAUUUUUUCCCUUCAUACAUGUACAAGACAGUAAAAAGGGAAGUUUUCAAACUGACUCAUCAUGUGCGAUUUAUUUUCGGCUGUUGUAUGCCAGCCUUGAUAAAGGAAAAUAAUGUGAAUUACCUGAUUCUUCAAGUAGUGAAAUAAUAUUUUUAAAACUAGGUAAUUUAAUCGUUAUUAUAUUCGUGAAAAUGAGGUAUGUGUAAUCUUAAAAGUUUUGGUUGGUGACAAGCUAAUGCAGCCUUUUAUACUUAUUUAAAUUCUCAGAAUAAAUCUCUCAACAAUGGUGCUGUUUUGGUAUACGAAAUGAAAAAGAAAAGGCCUGAUGUUUUAUGAUUUUCAACGCGAAAACCCAUGCAAAUGAACUUAAUUUUGUUUAAUAAGCAAUGAAAAGACCUUUCUAGAAUGCUGAAUUACAGAGCUAUUUACAAAAGUUUUACUAAAAUAUAAUACAAUAAAUCCACUUUCAAUAAAAAAACUCUUGAGUGCGCUUGGUCCUACACCGUGGAGCGGCUAUGCAAUCAAUCUUAAUUUAAUGAAGUUUAAUGGGGGGUAACAAACGGUAAUGACAACAAACUUGUGGCUCAGCUUACGUGUUCUUUAAUUCGCUUUCUGAAUUGAUUGACUCAAUUUUCUGAAGCUCUCUGUUCUCUUAUUCGUUUUUAAAGGAUUUUUGUAACCCUAUUUUCUCACAUGACUUCCAUUUUCUCCUGCAUGAUUCAGGAAGAAGAGUAUGACAUUCCUGAAGAGCUGGAAGAUGUUAUUGGUAGGUGCAUGAUAUUGAUAUUCUAUGCGUUAUCUGGUAUCAUGAUAUUGGAAGAACUGUUAACCAGCUCUCUCACCAUUGACCACUGUUCAAUUUUGUUAUAGAGAAACUUCUUUCUGGUCUAAAGGAUAAAGACACAGUCGUAAGGUGGUCGGCUGCCAAAGGGUAAGAGUCAUCCACCUGAAAAGUCAAAGUGUCAUCUUCAUGGCCGAUUUGCAGUGCUGCAUAUCUUAGGCUGCGUGCAAAGGGACGCAACAAUGUUGACCGACAACUCCCAUCAUUGUUGGAUGUUACAUGUUGCAUCCGUUUCCACACCCUGUUGCAUGCUGUUGGAUGUUGUUGCGUGUUGCUGCGCAAAGUUUGAAACCGGUCAAACUUUUAGCCCCGUGCAAACGGACGUAACAUUGUUGGCUUACAACUCCCAACAUUGUUGGGAGAUGUUGCGCCCGUUUGCACGUAGCCUUACAAAUUAGAAGGGUUCAGCUACGGCGAUGGCGAUUUCAGCGAGAACGCCAUCAGGAUCAAUUUUGCAUGUUCAUCACACUUUUUGGUACAUUUCUUUACCGUCGCUGUAUAGCCGUUUCGUACGGGUACCACUACAAGCUGAAGCUUUCUUAUGCUACAACGGCGACGAAGAUUUCUUUCUCUUUUCUGACUUGGUUGCGGCCCCCAAGAACUCCAGGAAAAUUCAGCUACAUUUGACAUUUUUAAGUAAGUUAGAAUAAUCGUGACAAAAUGUGAAAGAGUACUCAUCCAUUUUGAUAUACAUUUUCUGCCCGUGCCGCCGUUAUUGCUAAAGCUCCCUAUUAUUUUUGUUUGGUGACUUAAGGUUUUGGUUUUGCCAAGUGUACAUGUUUUAUACUAUUUUUAUUGUGUUUAAACAGGGUUGGUCGAAUAACUGGCCGGCUACCUCAAGAGUUAGCUGAUCAAAUCGUUGAAAACGUGUUAGAGUUGUUCAGGUAAUGAGGGGACAAAAAUUUUUAGCCCCGAAAAACGAAAGCACGCGAUGCCACAUCGCGACUCUGACUGUAAAACCCUAGCUAUUUUCUUUUUUGAAAUAACUUCAUAGCUUGUCUCAGUUUAAAGGGGUUAUGCAAUGAUACUUUUUGCCAUCCUUUUUCAAAAGAUAAAACGUCUUCGCAUCGAAUGAAUUCCAAGAAAUAAUGGUCCAGUUUUCGUUAUUUACGACUAUUGAUGAAUUGAAACCGUUUUCUGUUUUCAAUAAACAUGUUAGUCACAGAUUUCAAGUUUCUCUUCAGUAUUUUGUGCUUUAUGACUAUCUCAACUUAUUUCAGAGGAGAUUAUGUGAAAAAAAUGCAAAAUGUUUAUUGAAAACAGAAAACAGUUUCAAAUCAUCAGUGGUCGUAAAUAACAUUAUUUUGCAUUGCAAAACCGCUUUUUAAAUUUGUUUUUCAGUUUCAGAGAAUCAGACUCGGGCUGGCAUGGAGGUAAUUUAUGUGAUCUACCUGGUCUUGGUUUUUAACUACAGUAACAUGGAAUUCCAUCUGACCUAGUUUUUACUAUCGUUGUAAAUCUCAGACACUACCGUUAUUAAACCAUCCUUUAUAGUUGUAUAAACGUGAGGCUGUUCAAUCUUACAUUUACUUAAUUGUGGACUAAGUAGUAGCUGAUUCGCUGUCUGCCGCUUUUGUCACCUUUUAUUCAGGGUGUUUAGCUCUCGCUGAGCUCGGCCGGAGAGGACUUCUUCUUCCUGAUAGACUGCCUGAAGGUUUGUAACUUUUUUGAAAAAGUUAAAAUCAAUUUUGCAAUGCCAAUUUGGCAAUAUGUGUUGAGAAGUUUCCUUUUUUAUUUUUAUUUAGUGCGCUAGUAUAAUGUGCCGGCGGGUUGUUUUUUCCUCUUUCUGUUAAUGAUUGACGAUGCUGAAACUGAACUAUAAAACCAGCCUUCUUUCUUUUUACUGUGCAUGAGUUGAUUGAAACAAAUCCUCUCACUGUUUGAAGUAUUAAUGACUUUCUUUAUUGUGAUUUUUUAGUUGUCCCUGCUGUACUGAAGGCUUUGGCUUAUGAGGAAAUGAGAGGAUCCUAUAGCGUUGGUAAGUUAAGUGAUUAUAGUAUUCACAUUUCAGGAACGACAAGUGUUUUAACUUGCUUUUGGCAUAAUGCCGACCAAAUUGAUGUAGGACGUAUUCAAAUCAAACUAUGAUUUACCGUUAGCUGUUGACUGUUAUAAAGAUGGAAAAUGUAGCCAAAUGUUCCAACGUAAUAGUAACAAAAUGAGUAGAUUGAGCGUGAUCGUCCGCGUGAACGUAGUCUUGAGUAGGGCUGUUAUUGACAGUCGAUUUGAUGUUUCGUCUGUCCUCCGUACGUUUUUUGUUGUCUUUCAGUGGCAUUUGUUCUAAGUUAGUAAACCAGUUUUCGGAGAGUGGUUAUCGUCUUUUACGCACAGUGUAAUAACGUCGCGUCGAUUUGAUAUUUCCGUCUGUCCGACUGGUUUGUUUUUGUCCUUGGCAAAAAGUAGUCGUCAGAAAGUGGUUAUCGCUUUGUGUGUAACAUGGUAUAGUCACUGUCGUAACAGGGCAGGAGUUAACGUUGGUCUGAGGGUUUUGUCGGACAAAGUCCGCGUUGUAGUAAGCAACAUAAUAAUAGAACUCUCCCACACGCCAGUGCGCUGGGAAAAAAAAAAUGCGAUUUACAGGCAAUAUGGGCUUUUGACUCCCUUUUUUAUGUCCACUCGCUUCAGCAUUUCAGUUAGUUAAUAAUACCAAAUCAAGGGCGAUUACCAUCACUAAGUACUGGAGACAGGCCUGUCUAGCCCUUAAGAAAAUUUCGCUAUUCAUCAGAGCUGUCCAGGGCAGAUCAGUCUAUCACGGCAGUGAUAGAGUUUUGACGAAAACUCUCGAAAAAAGUCAACGUCAUUUCCGGUCGGUUAAUUGUGACGUUAGGUAAGCUCCCUAAGAGUAUGUUGACCAGAUUCAAGCGAUUAUUUUCUUGAUAUAUAGGUAGCCACGUUAGAGAUGGUGCUUGUUAUGUUUGCUGGUCGUUUGCCAGGGCUUAUGAACCUAAAGAGAUUCUACCUCAUGUGCACGAAAUUGCCAGGUAUGACUGACUACAUCGCGUAUGCCAUGCUUACCCUUCUUGCAAAUGUUCUCAUGAACAUCGAGCCUUAAAAACGGGAAUCGAGAGGCAAAAGCGAAGUAUCUGGUAUUGCUGGCUCGUCUCUAACUAAAAUGGUAUUUUAAAUAAUAUUGAUUUUUGUUGUUCCAUCCUUUUUAUCUUUCCUACUUUGUAAAUUAGUUUUAUAUUGGCGGCUGCAUAUAACGCUUCUAUUUAUUGAUUAUUGUUUAUAAGAGGGCCAUUAGAUUAUAAUUUGCACAAGUGUCAAAUGCCGCCCUCCUCAAGAGUCUUACGACUACUACUAACUCCGGGUGACGUUUUGUAUUUUUUUUUCUUGUUUUCACAGCUCACUCGUUAUCACUGCUUUGUUUGAUCGAGAAGUGAACUGCAGAAGAGCAGCCUCCGUGAGUCACACUUUUCUCUUUUUCAGGUUUCUCUUUCGACUAAAUGCAGUUUGUGGGAAUGUAAAUUCAUAAAAAUUUUCGUAGUUCAGAAACACCGAGGAGUGGCUGCAUAGUGUUUGUGCGUGCAGAUAGAGCUGGAAUUAGAGUGAAGUGGGUUUUGAGGGGAGCAGAUAAACCGGAGUACCCGUGAACCAAUAAAUCAGAACCUAUCAGAGCGACGGCUGGUAAUAUUUUGCCAAGUAACCUCUGGUGCACUUUUAAAUCACUAUGGUGCAGCUAAGCAAGUACUCCACCAUUGCUCCCUUCUCCGAGUGUUAAUCACAUCCAACAAUGAAGACAUCGUUAACGAAAAAAGUAGCUGCAAUCACUCCCUCCGUUUGUGCGGGAAUGUUGAGUCGAACAAAAUAAAUAAAUAACUUGAAUGAAGGAAUAAACGAACGAACUUUUGGACCUUUGACUUACAUGCUAUUAUGUUUCGGUUUCGCCCGGUGGUGCUAACUCCAAUUGAGUUGUGCUAAUGUGACGCAUUUGUAAUAUGAUUGUACUUUUAUCCUUUUAAGGCUGCUUUUCAAGAGAAUGUUGGAAGGCAGGUAAGUACUAAAGCUUUUCAGCGGGUUUUGAGCAUUUUCAUUUCAUCGAAGAGGUUUCAUUCAUAUCUCAUUCUACACUGCAAAACAGUCGGUUUCCCUUUUCGAAAUUCGGCUGUGCAUGACGCGAAGCGACGGCUUGAUAUUUUUGUGCGAAGCGAGUGGGUAUCACACGCCCGUUUGGCGUGUGUUGACCGCUCGCCCGCGCGUUUUACCCUAGGCAAAAUACGGGUUGUUUUGCAGUCUAAUUUUACUUAUUUCUACCCUCACUUUUCAUGCUCUUUAUUUGUGUGGCCGCCUGUGGGAGUUCUGCAAUGUUUGUGAUAGCCAGUCAGUCAGAAUAUCUUUUAAAUACAUUUGUCAAUUUGUCUCUAUCCAUUUCAUAUUGGUACCCUGUUCCUCGUUACAGUAACAGCGCCUACAUUUUCUAUCGUUUUUAGGGUACUUUUCCUCAUGGCAUUGAUAUUCUAACACUGGCGGAUUAUUACGCGGUUGGAAAUAGAGUCAACACUUACCUGAGUGUUAGGUGAGGCUUUAGCGCUGUAUUAAACACUCAAGGAAUGUACCCGAGGAAAACAGAUCAUUUUGUUUCCCUGGGCAGAUUUGCGGGACACGACAUCGUGUCGGGCUCGCCUAUUUUUAACGGUACAUGCCACCAUUGGUAACCAAGCCUUUAGUCAUGAAAGCUGUAAUACAUUAAGUUACAAUAAGGUGAAAAUUACGUUUUUGAAUGGUCUUAGAAAGAACGACGUUGAAGCCCAAGUUGAACUUACGUUUUAAAAGUCACCUGUCACCUGUUAUUGAUGUAUCAGUCGAGAAAGACUGUUUGCUAGUUUAUAUACUUAAAUUUUUCGAAUUUUUGGCGGGCCGGUGGGGUAGUGUUGUGGUACAAGAGAGAUAUUAGAAUUCGAAAGGUCUGGGUUCAACCCUGGAUUGCGAUCUUCUUUUUUUUUUUCUAAUGGGAACACUCUCAUUAUUAGGUCAAUAAUUUUCUAAGUGUCUUAAAAAUGGCAGUGACCGUUUACGAAAGGGAAAUUAUCGUCGGGCUCUCCAUUCCGUGUUGUAAACUUUCACCCUUGAAAAUCCCGUUCUUCCGACUAGCUGUCCCUAGGGUAUCCUUUGAUGCGAGAGAUCAGUCAUUAAAAACAUCGAUGUGACCGAUUUUACCUCCAAGUAACCAAUGAAUGAUAACGUAAGCUGUUGGGAAAACAAAACAUUUAUUCAAAAAAUAGUUAUCUAUUUUUUCCUUGAGAUGGGCUAACCUUUGAUUCGUUUUUUCUUUUGUUUUCAGCGUGUCUAUAGCACAAUUCAAGGAGUAUACUCGCGCAUUGAUAAACAAUUUAGCAGACAUCAGAUUACAACACUGGGACGGGUAAUAAUGCUGUUUGUCUAAGUCUGCUUGCGUUGAACGUUAACCCCUUGAAAAGAACAGGCCUAUUGUGGAAAAACAUUUGUUAAUUCUGAAAAACAGAAAAAUAUAUGUAGACAAGGCCUUAGAAUAUAGCUUUCCUUUCUUUUCGCUCAAAAGUGAAAAAAUAUAAGUGAAAGUCGUAGCACGACUCGGUAAAUAAACCCUGUUUUGUCCCUAUUACUCAAGUAUGUAUCUUACGAUUAUUGUAGUUUCAUAUUAAAUAGCUAACAAAACGUUGCCAAUCAAUAGUUUCGGCUCCUUCAGGCGUGCUUCUCGGUCAAUCUUUCCCCGCCAGUCUUUCUCCAACACAAGCUUCGCUCGUUCGGUUAAGCAUUUCUUGUCAGUAGAGAGUGAGAUCGAUCCCCAGCGCUAUCCAGAUUCCUCAAUGAGACUUUAUUUGACAUUUCUUAUUGGUCUUGCAUGAUUUUGUUUAGGAGUGUACGUGAACUUGCAUCACAAGCUUUGCAUAACCUGACCCCCACAGAUCCAGAGUUCAUGGCCAAAAUAGGUAAUACAGAAAUUAAUUUUCAACAGUCAAGACAGUUGCGACGACGUUGUGUGCAGUUGAAGGCCUAUUUUAACGGCUAUUGUUUCUUUUUUUCUUUUGCUUUGAUUAGUUUUUCCCAAGAUGCUCUCACAAACCAAGAAUAUUGAUCUGAACACUCGCCAUGGUAACAUUCUGGGCUGUGCUAAAGUAGUUCAUGCCCUUUUUCUAUAUGCUGGACAAAUUGGAAGGUAUACCAAUCUGCUAACCUCGCCAGACUAAAUAUAAUGGUAUAAAUUAAAGCAAGUUUGGUGAACGCUAUUGUGAACACUUUUUUAUUCCGGUUAAGCGAAUUGAAUUUUUGGUAUAAAGUCCCAAGCCCUUAUACCUUUUCUGAAAUGAAAGAAUAUCGUUUUAUACGUAAAUGCAUGAUUCCCAUCUUGUCAAUUUGAACCGUUACUAAACGCGAUUUCGCUCUUGCUGACCCUACGUAUCCAGCAUUCAUAAAUGCAAGCGUAAGCUUUUGGACGAUAACUGAAAUGUUAUAUGUGUUUCCUUUUUCUAUUUGUAUCCGAUGUCUUUCACAAGACCCGUGGUCAUGAAUGCAGAAAAAAAAUUAUUAGAGGAUUGAGGAUUGUUUUCGACGUUAGGUUUACCUCUAAACCCCUUUUUUUUAAACCCUUUCUGGGAUCCGUUAAAUGUUUUUUUUUUGAAUUUUCAUUCUGCAGAUCUUUGACAGACGUUCUUGACCAAGAAUGUUUUGAUGAAUUAAAGGACAUUGUACCUGAGGUAAAAGAGCGCGUGCGAUGACUUUUGCCAUCUCUUCCUCUAGCGAACUUUCAUCAUUUAGAGUAUAUCUUUGAAACAGAUUUUAACUAAAGUUAUUUCUCCCUUUGUUUCAGCUGACAGAGGCAAAGCUUUUCAGGUGAAGUAUAUUUUAAUCUCUUUUCUUGCCAUCCUUAAUCCUCGCUUUCUAUUAAGAAACUAAUCUAUUGAUUGAUUCAUUUAUUUGACUUACCCUCUGACUCUCUUCCGACGGGAGAGCCAGGCCUCUUGGAAGCCGCAGGGAGGUUGGGGAGAGGAAUAUAAAGAAAGCGCGCGGGGGAUGAUAGGAAGGGGAAAGAGAGUGAGAGAGACCUGGUAGAUUAAUUAUUUCUGUUGUUAAUUAAAUACCCAUCGGGAGCUGCCUCCUCAGAGGAGAGAGUCACCCACCUGCCUCCAGUCUUGUUACUUGGCUUACUGACUGAACCGGCUUUGCUUGUCUGUGCUUUCAAUAUUCGCCUGCUUUAUUUGUUUAAUUGUUUUCUCCCCCUCAGGGGCCUUGGAGGCGAGUUCAUGCGUCAGGCAGGUACACGGUCUAAUAACUAAUACGAUAACAUUACGGUGUUGUAUUAUUAUGUGCACACUAUUAACCUUUGAACACGUCAUGUUUACUCUGCUGAGAAUCCUUAAAAGCUCUAUUUGCUCUUUCAGUUUUGUCUUAUCCUAUUUUUCCUUUUAGUUUGUCAUCUUAUACAUAGAGUAUCGAUAUCUGGACUUCCUUGGCAUGGCGAUAAAAUAAUUGGUGAGUUAAUUUAAUUUGCAAGUUGUUUUCCUGUGACAAGAUUAAAGCGCGAGUCUGAGUUCUAGUCUCGUAAUUCCCAGCAUUUGAAACGGCGAUCUUGUGUUUUUCGCUGAGUACGUUAAUUGUUAAAAUUUGUAGUUCUUGUACUUUGAGGCGGUUAAACUGUAACGGCCGAUAUUUCCUUUUUCUUCCUGCAGAUCUUUUUCAAAACGUCAUUGAUGACAACCUCUCUCACACUGAACCGGAAAUUCAGGUACGAAAACGUUGGAUAAAUUGAAAUGACUUUGAUUUUUCUGAUCUAAAUCCAUUAAUGAUAUCCUGUCUAAUUUCUUUUCUCUUUAUCUAGGAAGGCGCUGUUCGAGCCCUUAGUGCCUUAUGUCUGCAGUAUUACGUUAAACCAGACGGUACUGCUAUCGUUGAAAUUCAAGGUAAUGAUACUUGGUAUUCACGAGCUCAAGCAGCCUCUAGACACACUCUAUUUUGCUUUGUAAACAAGUGGAUUGCAGUUUAUCAAAUUUGAUGUUUUUUUUUUUUUACUUAAAGGGGGGGGGCAGAUUUGUGUAAUAUCAUUCGUGCUGACGUUUUAACUUAUCUGCUACAGAUAAAAUCAUCAGCCAUUACCUUGAACAAUUGAAGAGUUCUUCGCAGUUCUCCAGGUAGUUGUACGUAAACUGUAUGCUGUCUGUCAUCUCAUUAGUUAUAAAACUGGGAGUUUGUGGUGAAACCAUGAGCGCUGGCGUUUGUAAUGGAAAGAUAAUAUGAAUGUUUGGUAUUGAACUCUUGUAUGAAGAAUUACGUGUUGAAAAUGUGACUGCAAUAAUAUUGUGGUGACAUAUAGUGCUAUCGACUUUCCCGUUGAGGCAAAGCAGUGACAUGAUCGGCGGUAUAUACGGGUACUACUUCAUAUAAUUCCUUACUGUAAUGUGAUGACACCCAAGUUAAUUUAGAAAUGACUUGCUUGGCCCAAGUCGGUGAGAACCGCUAGCCCUAGAACUAACAAGUCGGAUCUCGUUAUUGUUCUUUAUCGACAGUAGUUUGUAUGAACCUUAUGAAAAUUGGUCAACAAUAAUAAGUCUUAAGUAGGUUGAAUACGAUCGUCCGGGUGAAUACUACGGUAACACUGUCCAUACAGUGGUUGAAGAACUUUUAGAUACUUGUUUGCUUUUGUUUGUUUGUAACUGUGUCGCGUUUCUUUGCAGAGCUGGCUUUGCUCAAGCUUUAGGAGCUCUACCAAAAUUUUUUCUGCGAACUAAAUUAAAAGAGGUGGGGUUUUCUUUUCUUGGUGUUUUUGUUUGCUUAGUUUUUUUUAUCGUUGUCAGAAUUCAUACUUAUUGUACAAAUACGGUAAUAUCUAAAGGUAGAUUUUGAGUUUUUGAUAAAACCGUUCAGUUUCGCCCUGAUUCAUGUAGAAGUGUUUGUUUUUCAUAACAAGGAAUGAGCGCUUGACAGGCACGAUUACACCAUUCUCAAGCUGGUUUUUACACCCAAAAAGUUGCAUCAUCAAGAAUAGGUUGCGUAUUUUUUCUCCAUGCAUUUAACAAGUGAAACAAAUCGGCACCAUUUCAGACCAUUUGAUCCUCUGGAAUAGUAUCUCUUAAGAAGCCCUCGCUCAUUUGGCCAUUUUAAACUUUCUCUUGAGACUGGAUCGGUGCUGUUCCCUAUUGCACCCUGUGACUUUUUUGGGGGACGAAUUUUGAUCCAGUUUCCUGCCCAACUUAGUAAUAGCCGGUAAAAGAAGCAAUCGCGUCCCUAGGUACAAGCCGGCUUUGGGCGCAGUGAAAAUGGGAUCUUUUGGGCAGCAAGCGUUAGUUUUGCUUGGUAGAUGAUUUUCAAGGCAGCCAUUAACAAAACCAAUCAUAAGUGCCCAGCCAAACGAUCCCAGAAGUCGUUGCGCCGAAAGCUUGUACCCAUUCCCCCCCAUAGUUACUGUACUGGGGAAUUUCAAUUCGACACAGCAUCGGCCCAUUCUCAUCUGCUACCGGCCAAUUCAUAUGGGGGAAUAAAACUAAGAUUCAAUCAUUGUGAUUUACAAACAGGUGAUCUUAACUAGUUAACGGUUUACAGUAGUUAUAGACAGUAUUUGUCCGAGGCAAUUGAGUAUUCAUAUUUUGGUUCAGGUGUUUUCAGGUUUGAUCAAAGCAUCUCAGGUGGCCAGUGACGCGGGUAUAUUUGCUGAAUCUAGAAGGGAUGCCAUUACAGCUCUUGCCAGGUAAUCCUUUAUCAGAAACUGCUAAGUAAAUAAAUAAAUGAAUAAUGAUUUAGAGGAACCGCAUCCAAAUAAUGGUUCUUUGUCUACCACUCCCGAUCCAAUUUUUGAUUUGGAAAUGUAAGAUGUUGAGGUGAAAAAGCGGAUCACCCGGACACCUGAGAGCGAGCUAAAUAAUCAAGGGUGAGAACAAACGACAAACUUAACCCACAUAUGGCGUCGACGCCUGGACUUGACCCCUGGCCACAUUGGUGGGAGGCAAGUUCUCUAGCCACAUUAGUUUUCAUGAACAGGGCCCCAGCUGCAGAUAAUUCUUUCGAGGUUUAAAGUUAAUUACAUUACCUACAGUACUGUGUAAAAGAAAUGCGAGCAAAAUUUGCCGAAAUCAGCUAAAUUACUCGAAUUUUGGCAAUCAAAGUCCGAACUUUCGUUUCAGAAGAAAAAGCGGCGAAAUUUCGGUGCUUCUGUUGUUCUAAUGUCGACGAAAUUUCGCAAGCAAGGCGAUGAAUCGAAACGAAAUUUUUUCAGCAUGAGACGAAAUUUCUUGUCAUUAGAACGAAGUUUCGCUUCGUAAAUGUAAGUCGAAAUGAUUUACUUAAAGAAUAUAGUAAGGUUUAACAGCGCUCGCGUAAAUAACACUUUAUAUAACGUCCUUUCCUCCUGUAGCAAUAAUUGCGCAGGUUAAUUUGCCGGGUAUACUGCGCGUUUAACUUGAUGAAAACGUUUUACUAUGAGAGUAUCAUCUGCUUAAAUUACAUGGCAUACCUCUAAGUAACCAUAGUUCCUUCUCUAAAGGAUAUACUUCGGCAACUCACGGUUUAAUCCAGGAAUUCAACUUAUAUUGUUUCAGAAUUGCAGUAACAGUUGGCCUAAAUAGAACUGGUGAUGAGGAACACACUGUUUAUGAGAAAAGUCUACGAGAGCUUUACGAUGCUUUUACCGCCGCCAUGUUGGAUUACACAAUUGACAACAGAGGUGAUGUGGGAGCGUGGUGAGUUGAGUUAAUUUUGUUGCGAGUAGUUGGAUUGAGAAAUGUACUAUUGCCAGUUUAAAAUAUUAAUAAGGGUGCGGUACUUUUGGAGUAAGAUGUUGGUCGAGUCUGUGGCUGCGUUCACACUGGUUACCGGCAAAAAUAGUGUUGUGUUCACACCGGCUCUGGAUCCCCAAUAACUAUCUCAGUAGACAUUUGCUCCAUUUCACUGGAUUGUAGUCAAAUUGUCUCGGAACUAACAGUAAAGCGUCUACACACAGGGACCCGAUUUCAACUUUAUUGGGCGGGGUCAAACUUCACGUUAAACUUGUUUUUUCUUUUGUUUGUUUGUGGCCGCAGGGUACGUGAAGCCAGUAUGUCUGCACUAGAAACUUUAACACGUUUUGUUGUCGAGAAUGAUUCUUCCCUACUGACACCCGAGAUGUAAGUGAAAGCUUUGUCAGUGUAAAAUGUCUUUAUCCAAUGUGUUUGUAGAAUGUCUUAGUUUAAUGUCUUUUCAUCCUUUCAUCCUCAAGACAAUGACUCCUUUGAAAUACAGACUGUUGUACGUGGCUUCUGUCAGGAGACCACAUCAACUUAAAAGCAGGAUAUUUUAAUAUCUUAGGCUCUGUUCCAGCGCCUCAAUAAUACGAGCACCAGGCCCUUGUGCUUCACAGCAGACACCUCUUGCUGUGGUCUAGGAACCCUUUAGGACACCAGAUAUGCCCUUUACGGUUUAGUUUACUCCUUACCGUUCGUUGCUAAACAUUAGGGAGGGUAAGGCCCACACACGGGAUACAGCAUUGCUCGUAGUAUUGGCUAAAGAUUGAAGUAGACACCUUUGAAUGCAGUGUUGGAAGCAAAAGAUAGGAAAUGAAAUUCACCGCGCGCAUUAGUGAUCAAGUGCGAAGAGAUUAUACUUAGUGCUUGCCUGAUUUGCUGUUUUGUUGAUUUCUUCUUUUUUUUUGCUUAGUUGCCAGAAUGUUAUGUACUGCCUAGUUCAACAGGCCUCGGAGAAGAUCGAUCGAACAAGAGCACAUGCGGGCGAAAUAUUCUUGAGACUUCUCUAUAUGGACAAGUAGGUCACGUGUCUACGUAAAUUAAGAAAAUCUGUUGUUUUCCCAAAUCUGUCAACUUUAAUUUAAGCAAAUUAGACUUUAGAAAAAAUUUCGAUGCCAUUUAAAGCACAGUUCAAUUUACACAUUCAAUUAACUAAGAAUAUUGUUCCUCAUAGCGAUUUAAUUGUAGGUUAAUUAUAGAAUAAAUUGGUCUCUCGAAAUCAAUUUUCAAGCUGAGCCCAAGAUGCUAACUACGUCGCUCUACAUUUUUGAAUAGAAAAUAUGUAUUAGCCGAACUGGAAACUAAGGAGGAACAUGGCAAAUAUUUCGCUAUUUAUAGCAGUAAAAUAAAGUAAAGAACAUGGUAAAGAACGUGUUUGGUCUCCUUCGACUCCUCUCUCUCCCUCUCUCACUUCCCAAACAAAAUAACAAGAACUUUUUUCCAUCCCACUUAAGCUUAGCUCAAAGAUUGUGAGUUGAAUUUAACAAAAGCAUUUAGUUCACGCUUGAUUUUCCUUUCUUCAGUCCUUGUUUGCCCCAUAUACCACAUCACAGGGAGCUUCUUGAAAUUUUUCCAAGGUAGGCGAAAUGUCUUGUGUUCUUUGUAAGUUAUAGGCUCGUAUUGCCCAAUAUUUUACAGUCUCACUUUGAGAAAUUUACAAGGAUUUUACACCUCCGAUUGCUCUCUGCAACUCUACUUGCAAUGCCGGCCGAUCAUUAUCGCCAUCAACCCUUUCAGAAGUCACUAUACGACGUCACUUGGCAAUAUGAUCAUUUGUAGCCAGGUGUUUUUUUACGUUUGUGUAUUGAUGAAUUCGUGUGGUUUGUGUUUUAUGUUUUUCCUUUCUCAAAUGAACAGCACAACCUUUCACUUUUCUCCUGUUUCUCUCGCAAUUUAUACAUUUACGUAUUUUUUUUUUAGAAAGGACUGUUUGGAGAUGAACUGGAGCGCUCCCUCGGAAUGCUUUCCCCGAAUCACAAAGCUUCUGGGUUUGCCAUCCUACAGAGACCCUGUGCUACUUGGUUUAACAGUAAGCGUUGGAGGCUUGACAGAAUCGCUGGUGAGUAAAAGAUAUAUCACUAGCCAUUCAUUCCUUGUUGUUAUGUUAUCGAAUCAACCAGAGUGUAACCCCGGUAUAACAUACCCUGGUAUAACGAAUGACAUCUUUGGCUCCAGGUCUGCAUGGUAUAAUUAUGGAUAAGGACCCUGAUAUAACAAAUAUUCCCGUUAUAACUAACAUUUCCUUGUCUCUGCCACAUUUUUGUAUCGGGCUUCGAUCCUCUUUUGCAAAAUCUCAGAUCUUGUAAAAUUGUUCUUUUGGAAUUGUACAUAGCCCCCCCCCCCCCCCCCCUUAUCUUUGGACCAAGAAUUUAUUGGGUCUGGGCCCCUUUUCUCAUUUCUCAGGGUCUGGAUGACCGCAUACCCUUCCCCCCCCCCCCCCUGCCCUCUUAUCUUAAGGCCUGGAUCCGCUACUGUAUUGAUCUAUGAUAACAGACAACAUGCAUUGGCAAACUGCCCUAAUUCAAUUAAUUCCACCUUUUCUUUUCUUCCGUUAGGUUCGGUUCUCCUAUACUUCAUUGCUUAAAUUUCUGAAAAGCAUAAACGACAGGUAAACUAAGAAAAUUUGUUUCUUUUAAUGAGUUCAGUUUGUCUGAAGCUCAAUAUAGUGACAUUGUUUCAAUGCAACAGACCUAGUUGCUCAAAUGUCUCUCGUCAGUAUAAUAAAUAAGUUACCCAAUGUAAGGUGAUCCGGAAUCCGGGAAAUUUUUGAUUAUGGAAUCCGGAAUCCUGGGGUUUGGUUCCGGAAUACCGCUUAAGGAAUCCAGAAUUCCAGUAACGAUUGGAAUCCGGAAUCCAAGUUCCACUGACGAAGAAGGGGAAUCUAGUACCUGGAGUCCGGAACCCACGGUGUGGAAUCCAGAAUCCAAGACUCUCUGAUUACCUUAAUAGAUGCACAUGGGACGAAAUAAGAAUACCGUUAUUUCUUGAUUCUUUUUUCCUUUGUGACUCAUAAAAGAAACAGGUAAAGGUAAUUUUAUGCCCAGUUACAGGAAACAAACAGACUCCGACCGGAUGUAUACUGGCCUUGAUCAGGAAUGUAGAUCAGUUAUUAAUACUCAGCCUGUUUUUCAGCAAUCUGAAAUUAUCCGUUCAAUUGCUCUUAAGUUAUUAAGUUACUUAAAUUAAUCGUAAAUUAGUUGUCAAAUAUUCUAAGAGAAAUAUUCAUGGACAUUUCUAUUUCGUGUGAUUUUAGUGAGAAAGAGAUGGCUGCAUUUGGUGAGACCCUUUUAAAGAUGUACAGAAAUAAUCAAAAAAAUGACAGGCAAGUAAAAUGUAUUAAUAAGGUUUUGUGGAACUAGAAGUAAGUAAAAGACAGCGUUAUGAAAAGUGCUUCAGAAUCCUAUUUGUCACAAAGUGAAUAAGGGCUUUUAAUUCCCGCAACAGCGCUGAUUCAGGGUUCUUCACCGUCUAAACGAAGGCUUUUUUAGUUAAACUGUGCAUUAUAACUGGCAUUGUGACAUCAAACGUUAAAGGCAUUAUUUUCACAGAAAUAUGAGUGAGUAAGAAGAAUGUUUUUUUCGUCGGAAACCUUAAACGAAAUAAUAAAACAAAGCUUUGCAAGGGCCGUGAAAAAUUUAAUUUAAAACACUGCUCAGUGGUACAAUAGAGGGUCAAUCCGUGCAAGCCCAGUAACAUAGUGAAUUUCCCCUUCAUUACAGUUGUAGGAAAGGCACUGUGUCGUUAGCAAGGCCUUGCCUCACUCUGCUUAUCUCUGUGGUUAACCUAAGUCUUUUGCAUCACAGAAUAAUAGUUCCUUUGUUUAAGAUGCUUGAUAUGCUGUUAUCUAAUGGAUGCUUUGACAUGUUUGCGAAAGAAGAGAGGUAAGUUUCGGAAGAUUUUUUAAUUUUAUGUUUGUUGUUAUCUGUAAUUGUUACUGAUGAAACUUGUUACUGCGAGUUCGAUUAAAAUCUUUGAACGGUUGAUACGCCUUAUCAGUGGAAGAACUUGAAGACAAACGUUAGUUCGUCUUCUUUUAUGUUAGCCUGCAAUACAGGUGUUUUUGUUGUUGUUGUUGUUUUUUCUUCUGUGUGGGCGAAAACUGCUUGUUUAUUUUCUUAAUCCCGUGGCAGCUAUAACUUUGAUUUUAUCACUUGGAAAAAUUGAGAAGAGUGCAAAUAUCAACCGUUGGGGUAGGCGUGUAGGGAAUUCGCUGCAUUAUAAACGGGAAGAGACCUGGAGCCAAAUGUGCCCCGUAAUCGUUUUUAGGAUCGUUCCUGGGUACGCGCCGGUCAGCUAUUGGCCUUAUUUCCCCUAUACCCAGAAGCCUUUGGGAAAGUUUUUCCCUAAUUCCUGUUUAUAAAGUGGUGAGUAGUACGCCAGUAACAAAUCUAGAAUUGCGUUGCGAGGCAAAACAGACUAAAAGGACAAUUAACAACUGAAACAGAAUAAGUACGCUUCCGAUUGAUUAACUGUGUUUGCCUGUUUUCAAAUUCGUACAGCCAUCCGUUCCCUCAGGCGCUGUGUGACCUCACAAAGAAAGAAAUUUUUAAACUUGGUGACGCCAAGAAGCUCAUAACGAGUAUUACUGUGUAAGAAGUUUAUGUUGAAUCACUGAUUUGUCGUCAGGUGUCAUUGCGUACUUGAAAAAACGGCUCUCUACCAGCAGUUUUAUAAAGAAAUCUAAAAAUCAUCUCCUCAAAUGUCAGCUGUAGUUUCUUUCCCCUUAGAUUUCCAACUUAAGCUUAUUUUGUCAGUUAUUAUAAUUAUAUCUAUUAUCGCUUUGUUUUAUGAAAGCUGUAAAUUAUAACUUCUUUCCCCUUAAUGCAUGAUACAUGUUCCUGAAUGAGCUGAUGAUAUUUUUAUUUAGGUUUACCACUAUUGCCUUUUGAAUUAAUUUGUUGUUGUUGCUCUUUUUUGUUUGUUCCUUUCCUUAUUUUGCAAAUUAUCAGCAGCCAACUCGAAAGCUUUGCUACUUUGGCUGUUGAUAACAUAAGAUAAAACGAACAAGAUGAAGACACAAAGUGUUUAGUGUGUAUGUGGGUGGUAUUUCUGAUUUUCGUGCCUUGAUAUACUGCUAGGUUCUGUGGAUUGUUGCAGUUCCCAGGAGUGACAAGAACCAAAUCCUUUCAGCAACUCACAAUUUUUCUCUGCCAUAAAUAUCCCCAGGUGAGCCUCCUUGUUGAUUGAAGUCGUUAUGCAUGUCUAGGGCUAGUAGCGAGAGGUAGAUAGAGUGAGCGGUUGAAGACAAAAAGGUGGACAAGGGAGCUCUGUAAUGAUCGAACGAAAACACGAGUUUCAAUUGCUAUCCACUGACCUUAAAUAUGGGUUGACAUAAACUUGUUCGUGCGCUUAGUAUGAUCAAGGGGCCAGUCAGUGCGUGAGUCUUCUUAACGUUGGUUUUCGUGGCUAACAUGUGAGCCUCAGCACCGUCUUAAAAACUCUUUAAUUAACACCAGACGUUAUCAGUUGCCUAUAAAGCUAACUGGUCCCAGAGUACGUGAACGUUUCAAUAAAACCAUUAGCGGGAUUUUAAGCCUCUCUAUAUAUUUUAGUCGUCCACUUCAAUCUUUUAAAGUAUUGUAAACUUAUACCUGUGUAUUUGAGGAUAAGAUCGGCUUCUUCUAGUGCUUGGUCUCGUGAUGUCCUCUGGUAUCAAAAGUUCUGUAUUCAUUAUCAUUACAAUCUCAAAAAUCUGACCCUGAGUCUUCUUAAAUACUUAACAAUACAUUUCAAUUCUUGUAUACCCCUGUUAGUUCUUGAUAUCUAGAUCUCACGCUAAUUUUGUUUGCAACUAAAGCUUUAAAACACAAUUUCCAGGUCCGGAAAACUACCGCUGAUCAACUGUAUUCGGCUGCAUUAACAUUUGAUGACAUAAUUCCUGUCGAAAGGCUAGAUGACGUGUUAGCGAUAUUGAGCGAAACCUCAUGGUAAGAGUGUGUAUAUGUUAUCUUCUUGGUGUCUCAACCGUAAUUUCAGAAUAGAUGUAUGACAGAAUACAUUUUGGGUUGCCAAGAUCAGAAUGCCAGCUUAGUAAAACAAUGAGGCUUCUGCCAGGAAAAAAAAAACGUUUUUGCCAUUGAUUAUACGUACCCUAGAAUUAUAUCCAAAGAUUGAGAAUCAGCGGCAUCAUGUACAGCAUAAUCAACAGUGAUCCCAGUAAGUUUUCUUGGAUUAGUCCAGGUUAUCCAGCCACGGACUCAAAGUCCUACACCUUUUACUCAACGGCAUAACAUCAAAAGAAAUCUCUAGGAGUUAUUCCUUAACCCUUUCACUAACUCUGUAAACGCUUUCGACGAAUGUAUUUGAUUACUGGCGCGAGUGCCUUUUUGUUGUUAGAGACUUUAGUUUUACCGACUAGAGACUAGUCUGGUUUUAUCGUUUGUAGUUUUCAAGUUCUUGUUGUCUUUUUAAGGGAUGCAAAAAUUGAAGAUCUUCGAGUGACAAGAAACAACCUAUGUGAUAUUCUAGGUAUUCCUCGCCCGGUGUUGAAGGUAAUGUGCUUCAACUCAUGAUAUCAAAUGAUUUUGGUUUUCAGAAUUUCACACUUAGAUUUCACUUUUUAGUACAGAAAGGAAGAUUUUUUCUCUUUAUUUUUGCGAUAAAAUUUAAGUUCUAGGGAGGUAUUAGAUUUCAUUCCUAUCGAACUUAGCUCCAUAAUACUAACUUUUUAAAUUUAUUUUCCCCUUUAAAACUGAACUUGAUAGUUUAUUGAAUUCAAAAUGAUGAAAGUAGUUUUUUUUCCGUUUUAUUUUUCAGAGCACUGGAAAAAAAGCUGCCGUCAGUGAAAAGAAAGAUGAACUAGAUAGCUACAAAGGUUAGGAAAUGAAUACCAUCUAUCGUUGAUGCCAGGCCAUAGAUAUAUAUUUUGCCGCGGCGAUCUCUGUUUGGUGUUUUGAUAGAGCUAUUUAUUUUCUGCUACAAGGUUGUUAAUUGACUGAAUAAAUUGCUUUUUGAGAGGCUGACGUUAAUGUCAGAGUUUUUACUUAAUUACUUCAUAGACUGAAGAAACUAACCAGCGUGCUGUUUAAUAAAUCAGUCGACCGACUGAUUAAUGGACAGCAGGAGCCCAUUUUUUGGAAAAAAAAGUAAUCCUGAACACGCUCGGAAGAAUUGCAAGGUCUUACGUAUACGCAGGGAAGGAGAAUUUUUUGCUAUCCCUACGGUAUUUGCUUUAGAGGACUCCAUAUAGAAAAAAUUGUUUUAAGUUGGAAUGAGUACUCCUUUUGUUCCUUGAUAUGGGACAGGAGCCCAUCAAAUUUGAUAGGCUCCUGUGGACAGAUAAAGCGUUUGUGCGCGAGUCUGCAAGUUAUUGAUUGACUGACUGGUCAGUUACAGAUUGAGUGAAUUAUUGGUUGAUUUAUUGAUAGAUCAGUUUAUUUAUAACCGAUAGACUGUUUACCUGAUUUGUUGAAAAGUGAUCUGCAUUUCCUUUUUGUUUGUUUGACAGAUCUGGUAAGUCGUCAUGGUUACUAGACAAUCUAAAAAGGAAAUUCAACCAAGUUGUAAACUGGAGAGCAUGCAGAUAAGAUGGAUCGGGACAAUUCUCAAGCUGGUGCUACUCGGAUCCUCUCGUAAGGCACAUGAGAAAACUGCCUUGCCAAAUCAACUUUCAUUCCAUCUUAUGCAAUGGAGCAAUUCGAACUGUUGAACCCAGCAUAUCUAAACAAGGAGACUAUUAUAGCUGAUUCUUGUGAAUAAGACGUUUUUCAAUUACAGUGCAUCUUAUUGCUCAUGGAUAUGGAAUCCGAAUUUUGGUUUCAAAUGAGGUGUGGUGCAAGAGCAGCGAGAACGGUUUUGUCCAUCUGGAAAAACUGGUUUGAAAUUUAGUGAUUAACUAGAGGACGACUACCGUAGCUGCUGUUUCAAAUUUGUCUGUGUAGGUCUUGUUGUUGGUAUUACAUAAUAUGUAAAUAUGAGAAAAUUUUAAAAAGAAGCCUCGUGAGACUUAUAAUAUAACUUAUUCAUUUAUUUUAUAUUCUUUUAUUCAGUACGCAAACAUCAUAACUA